UCUCUCUUUAGUGUAAUCGUGUUUCGACUUUCUUAUAUUUUUGGUAGCGACUAGCGAAGCUUCGACUUUCGAGUAAACGAAAAACGCAGAGCGAAGGGUGGUUUCUUCUGUUUUAUCAAAGUUACAAACGAAACCUUCCUCAAAAUCCACCGACAAUAAGAAGAUGAACCGACAUCCAUCAGUGAAAUGGGCCCAAAGGUCUGACAAGGUCUACAUCACCAUUGAGUUACCGGAUGCUAAAGAUGUUAAUCUCAAGCUGGAACCAGAGGGCAAAUUCUUUUUCUCUGCUACCAGUGGGGCAGAUAAGACACCAUAUGAAAUUGACAUUGACCUGUAUGAUAAGGUUGAUGUGGAUGAGAGCAAGGCUAGUGUUGGAUUAAGAAAUAUAUGCUACCUUGUGAAGAAGGUAGAGAAGAAAUGGUGGAGUAGAUUUUUGAAGCAAGAAGGGAAACCUCCAGUGUUUUUGAAAGUUGACUGGGACAAGUGGGUUGAUGAAGAUGAGGAGCAGGAAAGUAAAUCUGGAGCUGAUAUGGAUUUUGGGGAUUUUGAUUUCUCGAAGUUAAACAUGGGAGGUUCUGGACCAGAGGGCUUUGAUGAUGCUGCCGAGGAUGAUGAAGAUGAAAGUGAUACUGAAGAGGUGGAAGCCAAAGAUGCCAAGGCAGUUGGUGAUGAAUCUGAGGCAAAAGAGUAAACCAUGCUUCCCGAAAUGAGCAUGGUUUUGCACCUCAUGCGCUAUGAAUGACAACAUACUCUCUGUAAAGAGCAUAAGUUUUGUUCCUUAACCAAAUCUUUUUUGUCUAGAUAUCACUGAUAUUAUGAAUUGGGUAGAUUGGAUAAAAUGGGGCUUUGAAUCCCGAGUUAUUCAAUAUAAACUGCAUAUUUUUGAGUUUUAAAUGAA